UAUCAGUAGGAGUGCGUCUGGGGAUUGAGGGUAGUACAUGGCUCUCGCUUCGGAGACAAAGCUCCCAGCUCCAAAUUAAAAGUGUAAUUCAGCCUAUUCCACAGACUGAGGAUGAUAUGCCAGCUGUGUGCCAUUUGAAAGAGAGCUAAGAUUCCAAACUUUCACAUGGUAGAAAGUGGUAAUCUCCAGCUCUAGAAGCUUAAGGAUACCCACUAACAUUCAGAAUUCAGGUGUAGUCAGAAGGUGCCAUCAUGUGAAUGGCAAGCGGCUAGCUGAGGAAUAGACGCCAGGUGGGAUUCCCCGGCUCCACACACAGCGCGCAGGAUGGCUGACUGAUUUGGGCUUGGAAACAAAGGCGUUUAUAAGCACCCCGUCCUCUCUAGGACUUGGCUGAGAGAGAGGAGUGGCGGAGGGGGCAGCACACGGAGGAGCGAUGGGAAUUGAGGACCAUGGUUACUUGAGAUAAAUGGCAGAUCCCUGGGAGUCUAGUCUAGAAGCUGCUCGCUUUAGUUUUCCCUCGCUCUGCAGCCACUGUUUCUUCUUCGCGAGCUGCCGCUGGGUGCUGCCACGGUGGCGCUGGAGAUCUCCAGGGCGACUUGAGUGCAAAGCUUGAGGAGGGGGUGGGCCGCCCGCCUCACCAUGAUUCAGCUGUGGAAAGUGGUGCGGCACGUGCGACAGCUGGAGCUCCACAGAUUGAUCCUGGUGCUCAUUGCCUUCAGCCUGAUCUCCAUGUGCUUCCUGGCCUACUAUGUUACCAACAGCCCCAAAAUCAAGGAGCCACUGCCCCUGCCCUUCAGCGACUGCAGCAACCAGCACAGGGUCCCGAUCCCACCCCAGGCCAGCUGGAGGCUCACCAAAUCCGUUGACACCUCGCGCACUGAGCCUGUGGUGCUAGUCUUUGUGGAAAGCAUUUACUCCCAGCUGGGGCAGGAAAUUGUGGCCAUCCUGGAAUCCAGCCGGUUUAAAUACAGGACAGAGAUUGCCCCUGGCAAGGGGGAUAUGCCCACCCUGACAGACAAGGACAGGGGCCGCUAUGCUCUUAUCAUCUAUGAGAAUGUCCUUAAAUAUGUGAACCUAGAUGCUUGGAAUCGGGAGCUGUUGGACAAAUACUGUGUGGAGUAUGGAGUGGGGAUUAUAGGGUUCUUCAAAGCCAAUGAGAACAGCUUGCUCAGUGCUCAGCUCAAGGGAUUCCCCCUUUUCCUACACUCUAACCUAGGGCUCCGGGACUAUCACAUCAACCCCAGUGCCCCUCUGCUCUACAUCACUCGGGCCAACGAGGUGGAGCAGGGUCCCCUGCCCGGUGACGACUGGACUGUGUUCCAAUCAAACCACAGCACCUAUGAGCCUGUGCUCUUGGCCAGUACAAAGUCUUCAGAAUCCAUUCCUCACCUGGCCACCCACAAAGCACUGCAUGCCACUGUCGUGCAGGACCUGGGUCUGCAUGACGGGAUCCAGCGGGUCCUCUUUGGCAAUAACCUCAACUUCUGGCUGCACAAACUUGUUUUUGUGGACGCCAUUGCUUACCUGACUGGCAAGCGCCUCUGCCUCACGCUUGACCGCUACAUCCUCGUAGACAUCGAUGACAUAUUUGUGGGCAAAGAGGGCACUCGCAUGAAGGUGUCUGAUGUGGAGGCUCUCCUGAACACUCAGAACAAGCUGAGAACAUUAGUCCCCAAUUUCACUUUCAACUUGGGCUUCUCUGGGAAAUUCUACCACACAGGUACAGAUGAGGAAGAUGAAGGUGAUGACAUGCUACUUAAACACAGGAAGGAGUUCUGGUGGUUCCCGCACAUGUGGAGUCACAUGCAGCCUCACCUCUUCCACAACGUCACCGUGUUGGCUGAGCAAAUGAAGCUCAACAAGCAAUUUGCGCUGGAACAUGGGAUCCCCACGGACUUGGGCUAUGCUGUGGCCCCCCAUCAUUCUGGAGUUUAUCCCAUCCAUACACAGCUCUAUGAGGCCUGGAAAUCCGUCUGGGGCAUCCAGGUGACCAGCACUGAGGAGUAUCCCCACCUGCGGCCCGCCCGGUACCGGCGAGGGUUCAUCCAUAACGGCAUCAUGGUGCUGCCUCGACAGACGUGUGGGCUUUUUACUCACACCAUCUUCUACAACGAAUAUCCUGGGGGCUCCAAGGAGUUGGACAAAAGCAUUCGGGGUGGUGAACUCUUCCUGACCGUGCUUCUGAACCCAAUCAGCAUCUUCAUGACACACCUGUCUAACUAUGGGAACGACCGGCUGGGGCUGUACACUUUUGAGAGCCUGGUCAAGUUUGUGCAGUGCUGGACCAACCUUCGCCUGCAGACUCUGCCUCCUGUCCAGCUAGCAAAGAAGUACUUUGAAAUCUUUCCCCAGGAGAAGAACCCACUGUGGCAGAAUCCCUGUGACGAUAAGAGGCACAAGGAUAUCUGGUCCAAAGAGAAAACAUGUGACCGGCUCCCCAAAUUCCUUGUCGUUGGACCCCAGAAAACUGGCACAACAGCUGUGCACUUCUUCCUGACCAUGCACCCAGCGGUCACUAGUAACUUCCCGAGUCCAGCCACCUUCGAAGAGAUCCAGUUCUUCAAUGGGCCCAACUAUCAUAAAGGAAUUGACUGGUACAUGGAAUUCUUCCCCAUCCCCUCCAACGCCAGCACAGACUUCAUGUUUGAGAAAAGUGCCAAUUACUUUGACACAGAGGUGGUACCGAAGCGUGGCGCGGCCCUGCUUCCACGAGCCAAAAUCAUCUCCAUUCUGAUCAACCCGGCCAUUCGAGCCUACUCCUGGUACCAGCACCAGCGCGCUCACAGCGACCCUGUGGCUCUCAAUUACACCUUCUACCAGGUGAUUACUGCGAAGUCCCAGGCCCACCUGGAGCUGCGCAACCUGCAGAGCCGAUGCCUGCUCCCUGGAAUGUAUUCGACUCACCUGGAACGAUGGCUGACGUAUUACCCCUCUGGGCAGAUUCUGAUUGUGGAUGGCCAGGAGCUCCGGCACAGCCCUGCUUCCAUCAUGGAGAACAUCCAGAAGUUUCUGGGGGUGACACCACUCUUUAACUACACCCAGGUCCUCAAGUUUGAUGAAGCAAAAGGAUUUUGGUGCCAGGUGCUAGAUGGAGGGAAGUCUAAAUGCUUGGGAAAGAGUAAAGGAAGGAAGUACCCUGACAUGGAUUCCUCGUCUCGGCUGUUCCUCACAGACUUCUAUCGGGAGUACAACAUCGAGUUAUCCAAGCUGAUGAACAGACUUGGGCAGCCUCUUCCCACGUGGCUCCGCGAGGAACUGCAGAAUUCCAGCUGGAGCUGAGGUGGAAGUCCCUGCCCCGGAGCUGCGGGAUGCAUGGUGCUGUCUAUCCAUGGGUAUAAAAGCCAGGUGGAAAAUACACUACGAUGGCAUCUCUUGUCAGUCAAAAAACUACAGAAAAGAGCAGCAGCCAGGAUCUUGGGAUGGUGACAGGAGCCCUUCCCCCUCCCACUGCUGCCCGGGAUGUGUCAUUGCAGGGGGUCCAGCGAGACUGUUGCACCCAGUGCGAAUCAAGCCCCUAAAUAUUAAUGGUUUGUUACAAAACUUUUGUAAGAAAGGCACAAAGUGUAGCGGCUUCUCCAGGAGAACUGUGAUCCCAGGGAACAUCCAUGGGCUUCCCUCCCCCCCACCCAGAGGAGAGCAUGCUAACCCUUUAAAGACUGGGAUUUUUCAGACUCCUAUAAUACUACUGUCUGAAAUGCUCAGUACCUAGAGGGUUAAUGUCUUCCAGUUGUGACAGGUUUGGGUGCAGCACCUGGCCUUUGUUGUUGAUAGCAAGGUGGUAAUUGCACUGUCGUACCAGGAAGAGCCGCUGCAGCCCCGAGAGGGGGGAAUCGGGAGAACCCCAGCUUUGGGGAGCAGUUUUAAUGCCAGCCAUGAAAGGCAACAUUCCCUCUUCCGCCUUGCAUGUGGAGUUUGUUCUUUGGAGACGGGUCCUGCUGUUGGUCACCUGUGUGGCUCUUCUCAACAGCAUCCUCAGCUGAGGCUCCCUGCUCAGAGAGGGGGGUGUUGUAAAGUGGACUGCCUGGCCCUGCCUGCAGCUGUGCCCUUGGGAUAGUGUGUCCAGGGAGCUAGGUGAAGGGGCAGAGGCUUGCAGAAGUUGUCAUAAAGAAUCUGUCUGUUGUCUUCCAGAGGGAGGGGAAUAGAGGUUGCCAGAUAUGUCCUCUACCUCCUCCUGGGAAUGGGCUUGGUGAGUUAGCCUAAGGCCCCUGGUUGGAAAGGCUCUAAGCCGUGCUGCUGUUUCUGAAUAUAACUGAGGAUCGUGUCCUGGUGGCUGCUUCCUCUCUUACGUAUUUCCUAGGCAUUACUGAUACUGGGCAGACUGGUCCAGUUCUUUUCUGGGGCUGCAUCAGCAUCCACUUGAUGGCAGGUGCCAGAAGAUACCAGGCCACAAAGCUAGUUUCUUCAGUGGACAUCAGUGAGAGAGGAAUUGAGUCAAACAGGAACAUCCUCUGACUAGCACUUAGUUAUCUAUCCAGUCCCUUCUCCAGAUCUGGCGCCCCUGAGGAUGUCAUCUGCUGAAAAGCUGAGUAGGAGCAAUCUAGGCAAGAUCCAGGGCACUCAGAGCAGAGCUUGUUGAUCCUCCCUCAGUGCAAAAGAACAAGGCCCUGGUCCUUGUGAAUUGAAAGGGAAGAGACACACUCACCCCCUGUACCAAGCCAGAUAGCUUAGUGAGAGUAAAAGCAGCUCCGCUGCCAAGGGGCUGGGGCUGGGGCUUGGGCUUCUAUUGCGGAGACAAUUGUCCAACUGCAUUGGGGGGUUUUGCUUUCCUCUGCAGUCUGUGAGGUUGGCCACACUUGGAAAGGGAAUACCCAGAAUGCUAGGCAGUCGCAGGGUACUAAUUCUGAUAAGAAUUUGGAAGAGCUAGUCCCUGCGUGUUUGCCUCUGCUGCUGGCUGGAGUGGUUGUUUUCUUUCUCACUGAGCCAUGGGCAUCUAAAUUCCAACUUCCCCCAUCUCGCUGCACGGAGGAGAGUGGCUCUGGAAACAGCUUUUUUACUUCUUCUCCAGCCUUAUAGUAUGGCAGGGGUCACUUGGACUGGUAUCUGACCCAGACAGGAAUACAAUGUAUGGCAACUUCUGCGGUCUCCUUUUUUCUAAAGGGGAGAGAAGCUGUUUCAACCAAGCUUUUCCAUUGAGCCUUAGGUAUUGUGUAUUUUUAAAUGGUGCAUUUACCAUUGUAUGUAAAUGUAUAUAGUAUUUUAUUCCAUGUGCCCUAAGGAAGGGCUAACCUUGUGCAACCAAAAAGAGGAACAGAAAUAGAAACCCAUCUCCCCCGUUAGAACAGAGGAGAGCCCCACUUCCUGCACUGGAUUCAUGUAUAGUGUCAUUCACAUUGAAUGAUGAUAAUGGAGAAAUUCUUGGCUCUCGAAGCUGAGCACAAGUGUCUGAAUAAAGGCUAGAAGUAGCAUUCAGUGGAUUCAAUAAAUGUACCACUUAUUUUCUAUGAGUUGUGACA